GUGGCAAGAUGGCGGCGCCCAUGGAGGUGGCCGUGUGUACGGACUCUGCGGGCCCGGUGUGGAGCUGUGUGGUCUGGGAACUGCAUUCGGGCGCCAACCUGCUCACGUACCGCGGCGGUCAGGCCGGGCCCCGCGGCCUGGCGCUGCUCAAUGGCGAGUACCUGCUGGCGGCGCAGCUGGGAAAGAACUACAUCAGCGCCUGGGAGCUGCAGCGCAAGGACCAGCUCCAGCAGAAGAUCAUGUGCCCCGGGCCCGUCACCUGCCUGACCACAUCGCCCGAUGGCCUCUACCUCCUGGCCGGCAUUGAGGAGAGCAUCUACCUGUGGGAGGUCUCCACAGGGAACCUCCUGGUGGUCCUGAGCCGGCACUAUCAGGACGUGGCCUGCCUGCGGUUCACAGGGGACAGCAGCCACUUCAUCUCGGGGGGCAAGGACUGCCUGGUUCUGGCCUGGAGCCUCUGCAGCGUCCUACAGGCCGACCCCUCCAGGAUCCCUGCCCCCCGCCACGUCUGGUCGCACCACACCCUGCCCAUUACAGACCUGCACUGUGGCUUCGGGGGACCCCUGGCCCGGGUGGCUACAGCCUCACUGGACCAAACAGUGAAGCUCUGGGAGCUGUCCUCCGGCGAUCUCCUGCUGUCUGUGCUGUUUGACGUGGCCAUCAUGGCAGUGACCCUGGACCUGGCCGAGCACCACAUGUUCUGUGGUGGUGGGGACGGUUCCAUCUUCCAGGUGGACCUGUACACCUGGCCCGGGCAGAGGGAGAAGAGCUUCCACUUGGAACAGGAGAGCGGGAAGGUCUUCAGAGGACAUAGGAACCAGGUGACCUGUCUCUCUGUGUCCACUGACGGCUCCCUGCUGCUCUCUGGCUCCCACGACGAGAAUGUGCGGCUCUGGGACGUGCAGAGCAAGCAGUGCAUGCGCACCGUCACCCUCAAAGGCCCCGUGACCAACGCCUUCAUCCUGCUGGCCCCGGUGUCCAUGCUGAGCUCGGACCUCAGGCCCAGCCUGCCGCUGCCGCACUUCAACAAACACCUGCUGGGGGCGGAGCACGGGGACGAGGCGCGCCGAGGGGGCCUGACUCUGCGCCUCCACCGGCAGGGUUCAGAGCCCAGUUACCUGGAGCGAGUGGAGCAGGUGCAAGAGGUCAUGUGCAGCGCCAUGGAGAAGAACCUGGGCGGCCAGGACCAGCUACGCGUGCGCGUGACGGAGCUCGAGGAGGAGGUGCGGAACUUGCGCAAAAUCAACCGCGACCUGUUUGACUUCUCCACGCGCAUCAUCACGCGGCCGGCCAAGUGA